CAGGCAUCAGGCGACAGGCAUCGGGCCCCCAGGCGGGGCGCGGGCGCCGGGCCCCCAGGCGGAGCAGCGGGCGCCGGGCCCCCAGGAGGGACGGCAGACACCGGGCCCCCAGGCGGAGCGGCGGGCACCGGGUCAUCAGGCAAGGCAACGGGCAUCGGGUCACCAGGCAUCAGGUCAUUUGGCUCGCCAGUGGGCACCGCGUCAUCUGGCAAGGCAGUGGGCACCGAGUCACCAGGCACGACAGUGGGCUCUGAGUCAACUGGCAUUGGAUCGUCUGGCUGGACAGCGGGC